UUUAAGAGUACAGCCUUGAAUUAUCUCUUAUGAUUUACAGAUACAGUGUAAUACUAUUAUUUUUAUUUCUAGGUCUACUCUAGUCGUGAUCUAAGAGGCUUGAAAGUUGAACACUCACAAGAGCAUUUUACGGUGAGUAAAUCAUUUCAGAAGAGGAGGGCCAAAGUUCAUCAAUGGCAUGUUUACUAGUGACAGGUUAUAUUCAGAUUCAUAGUAAGAAGCACAGAGAGUGAAUGCAGAGCCCAAUUACACAUAUAGUGUACUGUUGCUUUCGCUAGAGUGGUACUCCAGAGUUAAAGUAACCAGGAUGCUUAAAAAGUUUUGGGGCGUUUGUUAGAUAAUUUUAAUCCGUUUAUGGAAAGUUUUUUAGGUUUGGAAAUUUACCAUGGGAUUGCAUGGGUGUUAAUUUGUACGAUUAAAUCGUAAAUCAUUAAAGCUAUGAGAUAGUUAUGUGACCCCAAUUACAUGACUAUUGUACAUGUAUAACUCUUACUUUGUCAAUACUUAGCAAUAAAACAGCCUUCUUCUCCUUUUACCAUAGCCAUGAUGAUACUCUCAAAGGCUAAUGUCGAAUUUUUUUGCAGGAGGGAAGUUCCGUGAUAAUGACUCUAAAAGAUGCCUGUAAGUUGAUGUAUUUUUCAUAUUCUUCAGUACUGUCAAUCGUUAUAACCUUAUAACAUUAAUUUUACUAGUAACAUUAAGAUUUAUAACAAUAAAACUGAAAAAAUAAACAAAUGUCCCAAAUUUUUAAGGAAAAAGUGCCUGUUUUUUAAAAGAGGACAUUAAUUUUAUUUAUUUUUUCUUCUGUCCAUAACCUUGUCAUUUUAGCUGUUCUUGAUGAUGAUGUUGAAGAAACUUUAAUUAAUGUAAAUAUUGUGGACAAAGAAAAGGUAAGAUUUUGUAGGUACAUAUGGAUGUGCAGGUGACCUGCAUUUGAGGUCAAGUUUGUGCCAUUUUGUACUUUGUAUGAGAGAAACUGACUUUUUGGAGCCAUUUUCUUUUCUUUUCUCAGGGAAACAAAAACGUAGAGCUUAGAAAAAAGAAGCCUGACUACAGGCCAUAUGACGAACCAGAGAUGGAUGAAUAUGGCAUGGUAAGAUUUCCAUGCAUUUCUAUCUCAUCCUUUUUUGUGAUUGUCUUCUAUACUCCAGCAUCAUUAUCCUUAUCAUCAUCAUCAUAACCACCACCACCACCACUAUAAUCAUCGUCAUUGUCAUCAUCAGCAGCAGCACCAUCAGCUUCAUCCUCUCUCAUAUGCAUUUGUAUAAUUUUUGUUAUCACCAUCCUAAUUUUUAUUGCGGUCAUGAUUCAUAAUUACCACCACCUGUCAUCCUGAUCCUGAUAUGUACGGAGUGGUUAUGUGACUGAGACAGAUGAUUCAUUGAUCUCCUGCUUAAACUAAUAGAAUUCCAUUGUAUUGUAAUAAUAUCUAACUAAUAGAACUCCUUUGUGGUAAGUGAAAAUUGUGGCUCCUGUGUUAUUUGUAGUACUUGAGAAUUUUUAAAUCAUUUUAAGCAUUUUUCUGUAUAUUUUAGUGGGGAUAACUCCGUAAUCUUUUAAUUUUUAAAUUUUUACCUUUUAUAAUUUUAGAUUUUAGAGAAUUAUAAAUUCACCUUAUGAUACCAUGUAUAAACUCAUUUUAUAAUUUUUUCCUAUUAUUUUAGUGUACCCUAUUAGCUUUUAUAUGCUAAAGACAUCGACACUUAAAUAAAGUUGUUAUCUUAUGUUAUAUUAUUUUAUAUUGUGCUCACUGUAAGGUCAAAGCAAGAGGAGUUUUAGAUAAAUAUGAUGAAGAAAUCGAAGGAGAACAAAAACAGUCAUUUGUCCUAGGUAAGCAUGUCUUGCAAAAAGUGAAGAGGUGCUUUUGAUAAUGUUCGCUAAAUGACUUGUGAUGCAUAGUCCCUUUAGCUCCAUUGUUAACUGGUUAUGUUAGGUUUGUUUUCUCAGAAUUUCUUGCAGUGUCUUCAGAGCGGUUUUCCAUUUUCAUCUUGUGUAAAAUUUACUUGUCUACUUGUAUUCUGUAGAGUGCUCUGAUAUCGUAUCAACUGAAAGCAUGUUGGUCACUUGUUCAUCAGUUAGAUAAUGCGGAUGCAUCUUAAUAACAUCAGUCAAUUUUGCGUCACAUUUUUGUUACAAAUUAUUUUUCUAUGAGUUAGAACCUAUGCCCUGCUGAAACAUCAUUAGUGAGCCUUAAGGUAAUUUCCAAAAAAUGAGGAAACAAUAUGAGGAAAGGGCUUAGUACCAUACUACUUGUAAAUAAUAUGUGAAACUACGUGACAUGGUGAAGGGAGAAAAAGAAAAAGGGCUAGAGGAAGAGGACUGAUUGUCAGAGAAUGACACCAAGCCCUUGGCAAAAUCCUAGUAGUCCAUAGGCAUCUUGCAGCUCUCAGUCAUGUGCCAGGAUUAUUAAUUUCUGUCUAGUUAUGUCAGUCAUCAGAAAAAUGUCUGCCAUUUUGUAUUAUCUCACUGACAACAGCUGUUUUAAAAGGAAAUAUACGUC